ACGCUCCUCCGCCUCCUUGUCGUGCCUGGCCACGGCUGUCAGCAGCAAAGCUGGGCUCCCUCCUCCUCAGUCAGGCUCUGCAUCAGGAGGUGCUCUCUGAAGGCUGCACGUUGAUCGGACUGAAGCAGCUUCCAGAAACACGUAGCCCAGCUUUUCUACUCAACUGCCUUUGAGGAACAAUGAACACCAACAAGGACGAGGCGUCUUUCAGCAGGUUUUUCCAGUAUGUGGAGGACAGUGGACUCAGGGCGUAUGAUGGCCUGGUUAUCCAGAACGCGUCGGACAUUGCCCGUGAAAGCGACCGUGUGAGAAAUGAGACCAAUUGGGCCUACCUUCAGGAAAAACAUGAGAAGAAAAGGAGGCAGGAAGAAGCCAUAAAGAGGAUCGGUGAAGACGUGGCUCGAGCGACAGAGGGAGGCUAUGCGGGGAAGCACUUCCGGAUGGGCUUCAUGACCAUGCCGGCCCCCCAGGACCGGAUGCCCUCUUCAUGCGGCCACGGGUUCACCGUGCGCUCUCAGUCCCUCCAUUCUGUAGGGGCUGGAGACGAGGACGGGAGCCCCACCUCCCGCAAGCAGCCCCCGCCCAAACCCAGGAGAGACCCCAACACCAAGCUCAGCAUCUCCUCAGAGACGGUCAACGGCGGCUCCGUCCCUAAUAAACUGGACCAAAUCGAUGGUUCCAAGUCCCGCCCCUUCAGCGAGGAAUACAAGAGGAUCCCUCCUCCCAAGCCCAAGAGGAACCCCAACACUCAGCUCAGCACCUCGUUCGACGAGUCCUACAUCAGGAACCACGGCAACAAGAUGUCCUCCAAGAGGGAGAAGUCUUUCUCCCAGAGCCAAAGCCCCGCCCAGGACACGGACGAAGACGAGCCCGUUUACAUCCAGAUGGUGGGCAACAUCCUGCGGGACCUGAAGAGUCAAGACGAUGAUGACCAGGGUGAGUCUGUGUACGAGGAGAUGAAGUACCCCAUGUUUGAUGACUUGGUCCAGGACUCCAGAUGGGAGCAGGGGGGCAGUGUCACCCCCUCCAUCCUGGACAUGGAGCCAGGCCACUCAUACAUACCCCGAGGCUCGUUCUGUGACAUCCCCGCUCCCUUCCCCAACCUGCUGACUCACCGUCCCCCCCUGCUGGUCUUCCCCCCGGCCCCCGUCCAAUGCUCCCCCAACUCUGACGAGUCCCCUCUUACCCCUCUGGAUGUCACCAAACUGCUCAUGCAGGACAACAUUGUCUUGAAGCCUGGGGCCUCGCCUACCACUACAGAGGCUGCUCCCUCCUCCUCUCACCACCGGAAGGCAGAGAGGGAGAGAGAAAGAGAGAGGGAGAGAGAGAGGGAUAGAGAGAGGGAGAGAGAGAGGGAGCGGGAUCUCACAUCCGCACACACCAUCACCACCUCGGGACGCUCCUCAGCCCCGCCCCUGCCCUCCAACCUGUACAAGUCUUCUGCAUUGGUCCACGGCUACCCACGCAGUCACUCGGCCUGCCCGUCCCCUGUCAGCAUGGGCCGCUCUCUCACCCCCCUCAGCCUCAAGCACCCGCCCCCGUACGAGGCUGUGAUGACGGGCAGCAUGCCCCGCAGCGCCUCCUCCGUGGCCCACGCUGCCAAGGCCUUCUCGGGCCAGGAGGGCGGGGCCAAGCUCAGCGGCUCGUCCUCUGCUCAUGGAUCCAUGCAGAACGUGUCGCGGACGCGGACCCCCACCAGCCCUCUGGAUGAACUCACCAACCUGCUCAGCAGCGGCAGGAACAUGCUGAAGAAGCCUCCAGCGGGGAGGAAGGCAAAGGACUCUGCAGACUGCUCAGCAGGGGAAGCUCGCUCCAGGAGCCACAGCUCAGAGCCCCUCAGCAGGCAUGAGAGCAAGGAGCGGGGGCCCCAGCACGGAGGAACCAGGGACGACCACCACGAGUGGGACGGGCCGUCCGGACAAUCAUCCGCCAAGAGCUCCACACCCAGUCGCAUCGGGCGCUCCUCUGCCAGUCCCACUAUGAUGCUGGGGGGCGGGGCUUCCGCAGAGCCUAAGGUGGUGUGUAAGCUGGGCCGCUCAGCCUCCACCUCGGGGGUGCCCUCUCCUGGAGGAACGCCUCAACGCCAGACUUCUGAGCCCUACAGCGGCCUCUGCCAGAUCCCACCCAUGCCUUGGGCGUAUGGAGACAGCACCAUGAUGGACAUGAUAGAGAAGAAGCGCAGUCUGUGCCGGGAGAUCAAGGCCAGACAGAGGCCCGACAGGAACCUGUGUAAGCAGGACAGCAUGCCCAUCUUGCCCAGCUGGAGGAAGAGCAAUGGGGGCAAGAAGCACGGUCCGCCCCCCUACUCCACACAGACCACCGUGUUCUGGGACACGGCCAUCUGACCCUGACCUGUCCUCAGACUCGCCCUGCCCCCGCACACAUACACGCACACACACAAGUAUAAACUCUACGCACACACACACACACAGGUGUAAACUCUACGUGGCAUAAUAAAAACACAAACAGACAUAUACAUAGUCUGUUUACUAAGGGCAUUCAGCUGGCGGCCAAUCAGAGCAGAGGGAUCCAUCCCAUUGUAGCAAAUCUCGGACAUCUCCCUGCUUUCUAAUUACUAUUUAUAUUUAAUAUUUUUCUAAAAUAAUUGUCUUAAUAUUGAAUAUGCUUGUUAUGCUUAGAUAUUUUAUAAAAGAAAAAACUGAAACAGGACUAAAGAGGACAUUGUGGUCUAGGGGUGAGCUGCGAAAUGAUUUCGCAAGCUUGUUUUGGCAUCUACAGUAAGUCGCAAUGACACUUAUUUGUGUUGAAAAAGAAAAAAAUGUUGAGCUAAUUCAGUGAUUGCACCAUUGUUUUUAUAUGCAAAAUCUAAACGAUUAACUUUCUUAUUGCAAUGGGGGAAAACAAUAUUUUAAAUUGAAUAUAUUUUGGCAUCUUGGAAUUGCAGUAGGUGUGGUAUUGGAAUGCUGUUGUGAUCUGUUUGAACCCAAAUUGUGGGUGUGACCACAGAAAGUGUCAAGGAUCAUCCCUGUGUCUUCGAUUGCAUUCUACUGCAUCAUAUAUCAGACAAAGAUAAAGGAUGUCCCGUUAUGUACAGUCUGAUUCAAAACUGCCAGGAGGACAUUCUACAGGUGGUAGCAUCCACGAUGCUUUUCAGAAAAUUCUUCCCCACAACCUUUUGUCACCUGUGGAAAAAGAAAUACAAUAGUGGGCAAACAAAUUGGUCCAACUGUCGUAUAUAAGGGUGACAUAAUUUUCUUCAUCACAACCCAUUUUAAGGUACACUGUGACAAGGUUGUUCCAAACAGAUUGCAUUUCAACACACUGGCUAUAACCACAAGUACUAUCUAAGCACAUUGACAGUAUCUACAAGCAAGUAGGGAAACAUAUUUUAGCGUUUGAGAUGCAGGGUGAGUCAGUGUGUUUGUGAAGGAAGUCUAAGUGAGUCUAAGUCUAAGUGACAUCAUUAGCAACAUGGGUACAGAGCUCUCGCACACUAGACCUAGAAUCAGACACACGAGACUAAGAGGGUGAGACAGGAAUCAUACCAUGUUAAAGGAUAGGAACCCUUCCCUGCCCAUUGCCAGGCACACCUCAUGGUAUUACCCCACUGACACUCUGGCCAAAGAGUGAAGAAUAACAACCUAAAUCUAUACAGGAAAGAGUGUGAAAGUACGUAAUGUCAUGGCAGAUGUUGGCCGAGGGGAUUUCUCUUGCCAAACAUAAGCAAUUGUAUUGAACUUGAACUCCCUCAUGUGAAACUGAGGGCCUUGUUUGUGUGAUUCAUCCACAUCGUUUUUGAUCCAGGUGAGGAAUCUGACAGUCAUUGAUGAUUGGUGGACAGUGUAAUUUAACGUUUCACAAUUAUUUGUUGCCCAUUUAACUGAUUGGCAGGAUGUGUCAUUUACGGUAAUCAGCUAUGGUGUCAGAUAUGGACAUGGAUAGGGUUUAACUGGCUGGUGGGAGUUUGUGGGAUUUGUGAGACCAUAACAGUGAUAGAUCUGCCUGCUAAUAAGGAUAGUAUCUACUGAGCCGUAGGUGCCUGAUGUGUCCUGUUCUCUUGUUCUUCAUCCUUUGAGGCAGAAUUAUUGGGCCCACGUUUGAUUUAUCAAUGACUUUAUUAUUAUCAAUUUAUUAUUGACUGAUUGACUCCUGUAACAGUGCCCCCCCCCCCAAUGACAAACACACUCACAUAAACACUGUCCAGAAACAGACCUUACUUACACACACCUGCACACAUGCACAAACGAGCAUAGAGUAUGUGCUAAAGUCAUCAAUUGAUGAAUCAAUUGAUAAAUGCACUGCCUUGGAGACCAGUUUUCACUGUGACUAAGAAAGAUGGUCACUUGUGAGCCGAAAUGUUACAGAUAAUCUGAUGAGAUAAUCAGACAAAUCAUGAAAGUUAGGGUGGGAUGACAGGUUACAUAAACACAUAGCUUGUGUUUGAAGGGGGAACAACAUUUAUUUAUUACAUUGAUGGCAUAAAAAUACAUUUAAAAAAUGCGUCCAGAUGAAGACACAUAGUUUAUCUUACUGUUGAGAUCUAGAAAGGCACAAUACAGGUAGUUAUGCACAAGGUUUGUUUCUUAAAAAAUGUAAUAAAUGGAAAGGACACAGCAUGUCAAACACCAAAUGAUACUAUUUUGUGUCUGUAACAUUCGGUGCAUAACAGUUGGAAGUUUAACAAGUGACUACAAUGUCAGUGAUGUCCAUUCCAACCAUUUCAAACAGUAUGUUUAUCAACUGUAAUGUAUAAAGGAAAGUUCUGUUAUGAUUGUCUAGCUUCCACAGCUCCGCUCCCAAGAAGGUAAAUACUGAAUCUAAGGAUGUAUAUAUAUUCUAUUUUGUGUAAACAUUCACACUGUGGAUGAGAUAAAAAUGAAAGCACAGUGAUGUCACAGUUUUGUCUUUCUUGCACUGAGAGUGUUUGAGUAUUUAUUUUUCUGAAUAUGUCAAAAGACAAAAAAAGAUUAUGAUCAUUGUAACAAUGUAUUCCUUUGAGGAAUUAAUUGACUAUGGGAGAAAUAAAUGUUUUUGCAUUUCAGUGUG